AUGGAUCCAGAACAUGGACACGAAGCAGCCGCUGAUCAGCCUGCAAAGCCGGAGAUGGCCCCAACUUUAGACACAGCUUCGAUCACUUUGCCUCAUCGCCCUAAGAAGGAGGUUUGUGGUGAAUCUGACCAGCAACAGGCAACUCUCCAGCAGGAAAAUGACCGGGGAGAUGAAGAAGGUGACGAUGUUGACGCUGAGGAGGACCAAGGAGAUGGAGAACCAGCAGCAGAACCUGAGGACGAGGGAGUCACAAUCGUCAAAAAGAAAAAGCCCAAGAAGAAAUCUAAGAGCAAGGAGGGAAAGAAGAAGCCAACUGGUUUCGAGGAAUAUUAUGUCGAUGCUCCCUUGACUCCAGCUGAGCAUGCUGAAGAGAAAAUGAUCUACGAUCCGUCUAAACCGGCAAUCCAGCGCCUUGAGACGGCAAUUCAGAGGUACCAAGCAAAGAGACGCAUGGAUUCCGAGAGAAGACAUAUCUUCACGAAGUACAUGGCAUUCGGUGGGGUUGAUGUUGGGCCGAAAAUGUUUGAGGGAAACGACCAGCGAGAUCUUGAGGCCAUGGAUGCAGAGGAUAUACUCACGGCAACGGCAACGUCCAACAUACCUCAAGAUCGCGAAAACUGGACUAUUGACUUUGAAACAGUUGCAAAGGGAUACUUGUCGUCCGUCUUCCCCCAGAUAUUCGCUAUCGAUACCGAGAAGCUUGUGCAGCUGGGGACUCUUACCAUCAAAAACUUCCUCAACUACAUACUUCAUCAUGAUGUCUGUCCGGAGUAUCGUGCCAACAUUAUGGCCGCCCGCAAAAUAGCCGAGUGUGCCACUGAAGAAAUCUGGAAAGCCCAGCAAGCAAAUACCUACGCACCUGGCGAUUUCAACACUGCUUGUUCUACUCUCUUUGGCGGUUCCUUCUUCGACGCCUAUACAGAAGAGCGGGAAUGGGUUGAGAAUGCAGAUCACACUCCAUUCAUGACACUCACCGUAGCACGCAAGGUCGUGAAGUUUGCCAUUGCUGGAGCAGGAACCCUUGAACAAGCGCAACGAUUCCAUGAUUUGGCAUGUGCUAAUAAACUGCAGGCAAAGCUUGUACAUGAAGAUGGCUUUGAAGUUACAGCUAUUACACUUCCCAAUGCCGAGGUGACGGAUUUCUACAAGGAACAUGCCAAAGACCUUAAGCCGAUAGGAAAGGUGCAAGCCAUUGCGUGGCGUGAUUCCAGCCUCCCUGAAGAGGACGUACCACCAGGUCAAACGCCAGCUUACCAGAGCGACAUGAAGUUCGAAUUCUUCGUCGAGGAAAGUCUUUUGGCGUUCUUCUUUCUCGGAAUGAAGGUUGACGCCCGUGUGUGGAAACUCGAUUGUGGAAUUCAUUAUUUCGACAAGUUUCUGAAUGUAUACUGCUCUUUCUACACGUCUUUGCCAAACGAGGGGAUGUUGGCCUGGAAGAAACCUCGAGAUUUGCGUUCUGACCAUCUUGUUUGGACGGAAGGGAAGGGGAAUGGGGAAAUAAAAGACGAAGACGACGCAGAUGCCGAAGCAUAA